AUGAUUGCUCUGAAGAGUGCAGACUUAUCGAAGGCUCCAUCGUAUAUCCUGGAAGAAAUGCAAAAAGAAGUCGAGAUUUAUAAAGAUCUAGCUGAUAUUCAAGGUAAGUAUAUCCCAAAGCUGAUCUGUUAUGGAUAUUAUGGAGGAGGUAUGAGCUUCGUUAUCGGCUUGACCAUUAUCGGCACUAUGUUGAGCGACCAUAAAAUAAUGAAACGGCAAAGGUCGAGGGCUAUUAAGGGAUUAGAAGCGAUUCACAAGCAUAAUAUCCUCCACAAUGACACUCGGGAGGAAAACAUCUUAAUUAAUGACAAUGGCGACAUCUACCUGAUUGACUUUGGGAUGGCAAGUCGGGAGGACACAAAAAAGAAGAGAAAGCUUUUCGAUGA